GUUUUUUAAAAAAAAGGUUAUAGUAGAAAAGUUUAUAGAAAAAGCAGAUAAGAAAAGAAGAGAGAAAUGGUGCCCAAUCAGCAAGCUUUGGUACUAGGGCAGGGAAUAAACUACGCUGGGGGGAUCCCAAAUGCGAGUCUCGUCGUGGGAACAAGGAGAGAGAUUAGGCAAAGGCAAGGCCAGUUGAAUUUGAAGUGUGAAAACAACAACCCCUCUGGCUCUAUCAUCAGAUACUGCUAUAACAACAACAAUACAUCGAAAUUGGGGACUGUAUCGCCGUCGACGGUGGCUGCGCCGCAGGUUGGGGUGGCGGUGUUCCUGAUUAAGGGGAAUAAACUGCUUUUGGGGCGGCGCCUUACCCCCAUCGGCCGUGAUUCCUAUUUUCCCCCUGGCGGCCACCUUGAGUUUGGUUACUUCUCUCUCUCUCUCUCUCUCUUCAAUUGGGGGGAGAGCUUUGAGGAAUGUGCAGCAAGAGAGGUGAAGGAGGAGACUGGUUUAGACAUACACAACAUAGAGUUCUUAACUGUCGCCAACGACAUCUUCUCUGAUGGAGCAAAUCCACCAGAACAUCGUGUUGUCAUCUUCAUGCGUGCACUACCAAUCUUGCCAGUUCCUGAUCAUGAUCAAGUGCCCCAAAAUCAUGAGCCUGAGAAGUGUGGUGGCUGGGACUGGUAUGACUGGAACGACCUCCCAAAACCACUGUUUGGCCAGCUAGAAAAUAUGCUGCAGGGUGGUUUUAAUCCCUUUCCAGCUGAUCAAAAAUGAUAUGGGAGCGCAAAGGGCUAAUGAAGUUAAAUGUCAAUCUUAUGUUUUUCUUGGAUUUUAGCAGUUUGAAUAUUGCCAAGUUAAUGUCAAUCUUAUGGUUUUCUUGGAUUUUGACAGUUUGGAUUGGUAUGAUUGGAACAACCUUCCGAAACCACUGUUUGGCUAGCUAGAAAAUGUGUUGCAGGGUGGUUUUAAUCCCUUUCCAGCUGAUUAAAAAUGUUAGUGGAAUAUUUCCUUGACA